AUGACUCAAAAAAGUAACCAAUAUAAAAAAUACUUUCAUGUUUUACCUGAUAAACCAGAUGGUUAUAAUCACUUGGGUAUCUGCAUUGCUUAUGAGGAAGAAUGGUUAAAUUGGGUUGCUGAUAAUGAUACAGAAACUACAAUUGAAAAUGAACUUUAUAAUAAUGGUGAAGGUUUUAUUGAUACAUCAUCUAAAGAAAUAAAUAAUUUACAAAAUCUUUCUGCUCCAAAUAAAAAGAGACUUGGAAAGUCCAAUGUAAAAAAAUAUUCAUUAUAUCUUUCUCAUUCUAUAAAAGGUGAUGAUGGAUCUUAUAAUCAUAGUCCAAUAGAUUUAUUGGACUGGACUGCUUGGACUGGUCCAAUAAGAAAAAAUAAUGGAAAAAUCAAUCAAGAAACAGAAAUUUUUGAGAAUGAAGAAAAAGAAAAUAAUUAUCUUCAUCAACAGCAAACUCUUCAAAAUUUUUCUCCAAUGACAACAUCAACAACACCAAUACCAACAACAUCUAAUCAAUUGUAUCAACAAAAUCCAAAUCUCAAUAAUAUUUUGCAAUCAAGUCAACAACAUCCUACUCAAGAAAAUAAUUAUCUUCAUCAACAGCAAACUCAUCAAAAUUUUUCUCCAACAUCAAUGUCAACAUCAAGAUCAACAACACCAAUACCAACAACAUCCAAUCAAUUGUAUCAACAAAAUCCAACUUUCAAUAAUAAUUUACAAGCAAAUCAAAAACAUACUACUUAA